UCGAUAAUUCCCCGCGGCAAGGGUCUCGGCUACGCACAGUACUUACCCAAGGAACAAUUUCUGUACACCAAGGAGCAGCUGUUUGAUAGGAUGUGCAUGACGCUGGGUGGUCGGUAUCCGAAGAGAUAUUCUUCAAUAAGAUUUCAACCGGGGCGCAGGAUGAUCUGAAGAAGAUCACACAGAUCGCGUAUUCGCAGAUAGCGCACUACGGUAUGAACGAGAAGGUGGGCAACGUUAGCUUUGACAUGCCUCAGCCGGGUGAGAUGGUGCUGGAGAAGCCAUACUCAGAGCAGACGGCGCAUCUCAUUGACAGCGAAGUCAGGCUGCUCAUAGAGGGUGCAUACAAGUCGACCAAGCAACUGCUAACCUCACACAAGGACGAUAUUAUCAAGGUAGCAGAACGCCUACUGAAACAGGAGAUCCUGAGCCGAGACGACAUGAUUGAGCUGCUCGGACCGAGGCCGUUCAAGGAGAAGUCGACCUACGAGGAGUUCGUCGAGGGCACCGGCUCCUUUGAGGAGAACACCGAACUGCCCGAGGGACUCAAGGACUGGAACAAGGAGAAGGACAAGGACGGCGAGAAGGAGAAGGAGACAGAGAAGGGGGAGAAGAAGAAGGCGGCCAAAAAGUGAACAAUGCAAAGAUUCAUUUUCAACGCGAAUAGCAAGCAUUUACCAGUGCAUGUAGUUAGUGCCUCAUCCGUUGCAAAAAAA